AUGGCCUCCGAGCACGCAUCCACGUCGAGCACCGCCCUCGAAUACGUCUCGAUCUUGACCGGCCGCCGCGCUGCCAUCGACAAGGAGACGCUGGGACAUGGCGCUUGCCAAAACGUGAACGACUUCCAGAAGCUGAACCGGCUCGGCGAGGGCACUUAUGGAGUCGUUUAUCGCGUCAAGCAGAUCCACACCGGCGAGAUCCUGGCCCUGAAACGAGUGCGCAACGACGACAACCGGGAUGGCAUUUCCGAGGCGGCACUCCGGGAAAUAACGCUGCUGAAUCGGCUGCGACACGACAAUAUUGUCGAAUUGCGAGGCGUCGCAGUUGCCCGAGAUGUGAAAAGCAUGUUUCUGGUGAUGGAAUACUGCGAGCAGGACCUUGCCUCGAUGUUGGACAACCUCAAAAUCCCAUUUUCCGAGGCGCAGGUGAAGUGCAUCGUGUUGCAAAUAUUGCGAGGAAUGGCCUACCUCCAUAAGCACCACGUAUUGCAUCGUGAUCUGAAGGUCUCGAAUCUGCUCAUCACCUCCGACGGCACGUUAAAAAUUGCCGACUUUGGCCUCGCCAGGACGUACGGCUAUGACGAGCAUCCGAUGACGCCCCGAGUGGUGACACUUUGGUACCGAUCGCCCGAACUGCUGCUCGGCUCAAGGUUCCAACUCCCCGCCGUCGACAUGUGGGCGAUCGGCUGUAUACUCGGGGAGCUGCUCCUGCACCGCCCGCUGAUGCCCGGCAAAAAUGAGCUCGACCAGAUUUGCAAAAUCAUUGACCUGCUCGGCACGCCAAACGAGAAGAUUUGGCCUGGAUUCGACGAGUUGCCGGACAUCAAGAGCUUCUCGUUGAAGAAUCAGCCGUAUAACAAUUUGAAGCGCGUCUUCAACAACCACACAUCGGCCUGCAUCGAUUUGCUGAACUCGCUGUUCACAUUCAACCCCAAGUCUCGAAUUUCCGCUUCAGCCUCGCUCGAGCACGUCUAUUUCUCGGAGGCGCCGAUGGCGUGCGACAUCAGCUUGAUGCCCUCAUUUCCACAACAAAGAAGCAGAAAACGGCCCUCUAUGGAU